AUGAACCAGGGAAAUGUCACAGGAAUCAAAGUAUGCAAAAGCAGCCCCCAAAUCUCGCACUUAUUCUUUGCUGAUGAUUCAUUAAUCUGCUGCAAAGUAACCGUCCAGGAGGCCAAGCAGGUGAAGGAUAUCUUACAGAAUUACUUAAAGGUGUCUGGACAACUGAGAAGAAGUGUGUCAAGAGCUAGGAGAUAUGAGGGAAGCAGGCAGUGGCAGAUAUCUGGGCCUGCCUAUGGCUAUAGGAAGAUCAAAAAACCAAGUUUUUGGGUAUAUCAAGAGUUUAGUUGUGAACAAACUGAAAGGAUGGAAAAACAAAUGCUGAGUUCAGCUGGAAAGGAAGCCCUGAUUAAGUCAGUGAUUCAAGCAAUACCAAAUUAUGACAUGGCUUGCUUUAAGUUGCCAAAAGGACUGUGCAAGGAUAUAUGCAAGUGUUUAGUGAAUUUCUGGUGGGGAAGCGUGCAACAAGACAGGAAAAUGCAUUGGACAAGUUGGAAGAAAUUAUCAGAAGUCAAAGGAAAGGGAGAACUGGGAUUCAGAGAUUUGGAAGCCUUUAACGAAGCCUUACUUGCUAAGCAACUUUGGAGAAUUAUCACUUUCCCAAAUCUGCUAAUGAGGAAGGUGAUCAGAGCAAAGUACCUAAAGGAUCCAAAUGGUCUUGAAAACAACCCCUCUCAAUCAGCAUCAUGGACAUGGAAAAGCAUUCAUAGUACAUGGAGACUGAUAUAG